UAGUACCUAUACAACUCGCAAUGAAACCAUUGAGCAUCGCUUUUUUUACCUAUAUGUUAUUCGGAACCUGUUGCUUUCUUAUUUAUUUAUAUUGUGAUCUUGAUGCCAUUAGUGACGUAAAACGGACAAGGACAAGAACGGCAAAAGGAUCACACUCUAAAGUGAAAAUUUAUCCAACUUAUUACCCAGACAAACUGCACUCCGAGUGGCCAUUCAAAAUUUCAAGACGUUACAAUGAUUCGAAUGUCUACCGAUGGAGGGAACCGACACCAUUCAAAAAACCAAGCCCAGACGGAAUUGGUGAAAAUGGAACAGCCUUUGUUCCACCUGACGCCAAUGCGAAACAGACGAUGGACAAUUUACUCCAAAUGCAUAAUUACAACUCACUCGCUUCGGAUAUGAUAUCACUGUAUCGUUCAUUGCCGGAUGCAAGAUCGGAUGAAUGCCGUCGUUUGUCAUAUCCGAGUAAAUUGCCGACGGUGAGUGUAAUCAUAAUAUUUCAUAAUGAGGGCUGGUCAACGUUGAUGCGUACUGUUUGGAGUGUAAUUAAUCGAUCUCCGCGAGAAUUAAUCAAAGAAAUAAUUCUUGUGGAUGACUGCAGUACAUGGGAAUUUUUGAAGCGACCGCUGGAUGAUUAUGUUGUGUUGUUGCCGGUUAAAAUUAAAGUUAUUCGGUCUCCGAAACGCGUUGGAUUGAUAAGGGCACGUUUAAUCGGUGCCAAAUAUGCGACGGGAAAUGUUCUUACAUUCCUCGACGCUCAUGUCGAGUGUAAUGAAGGCUGGUUGCAGCCGUUGCUAUCACGCAUAGCCAAUGAUCGCUCUGUUAUUGUUGUGCCGUUAAUCGACACAAUUUCAUCAGCUGACUUCAGCUAUCAAUACGGAAAAACGAUAACAGUCACUGGAUUUCGUUGGACGUUAAUCUAUAACUGGUACGCUGUGCCUGAUAGAGAACUUGUACGUACGCAUAACGAUGUUACAGCGGCCAUACAAACACCCACAAUGAUUGGCUGUGGCUUUGCGAUUGAUCGGGAAUUUUUCUUUGAAGUCGGUGCAUUUGAUGAAGGAAUGGACAUUUGGGGAUCGGAAAAUAUGGAAAUUUCGCUGAGGGUGUGGCAAUGUGGUGGAUCGGUGAACAUUGUCCCAUGUUCACAUAUAGGACAUUUAUUCCGAAUGUCGACCUAUUCCUUUGAUGGUGAUGAAGAAGAAAUCAAAAGCCGGAAUAAUAUGCGAAUGGUGGAGGUGUGGAUGAAUGAUUUGAAACAUCUUCACUAUGCUGCAAGACCUCCGCAGAGAAAUGUACAACCUGGGGAUUUGACUGAACGAAUGAACAUCAAAAGUCGAUUAAAAUGCAAAAACUUUCGUUGGUAUUUGGACAACGUUUAUCCGGAAAGUAAUAUGGGGAAGGAUUUCGUUUAUCUCGGAGAAAUAAAAAACCACAGAUCCCGUCUAUGUCUCGACAUUAAUGUCGGCGAUAUCCAAAGUCCGUUGACAAUGAGCGGUUGCCAUAAACAAGGAGGAAAUCAAUUUUUUGCAAUAACAGAAGACCGUAUGAUCGUCACCAGCCAAGAAUUUUGUGUUGGCGCUAAUGAUGAACACUAUGCGGUAAUAUCAGUGAAGGAUUGCAACGAUCCAUUGCAAUCUUGGCAUUUUUACCGACAGGAAAAAUGGUUACAACACAUCAGUAGUGGUCUGUGCAUGAUGGCAAAUGAAAGUGCCGUGAUUUUAGUUAAGUGUGAUCCACAUAAUGUUAAUCUUGUUUGGGAUAUCAAUUUGUGAAAAUGAUUGAACGGAUUUGUUCAGGAAAUAUUUUGCUUUGAAUAAAACGAAAGAUUGACAGUUUUUGAAGACUUUUAAGACCUACCAAGACGUUUAGUGGUUCCGUAUCGAAUCUA